AUGGAUCAGAUAGAACAAGCUGUUAUGUAUGCACUUGGUCCUCAAGUAGAUCCCAACUUGAAGGCUCAGGCAAACGCAUACUGUGAACAAGUUAAAAACUCAAAUGAAGGUUGGCAAUUAUGUGUCCAAUUGUUUAUGAAAGAACCUAAAGCACUUCCUGAAGCACGAUUCUUUGCACUUCAAGUGGUAGAAAAUACAUUAAGAACAAGAUUUGAGACAUUGGACAGUGCCGCAGUAGAAUAUAUUCAACAAACAAUGAUGGAAUAUCUUCGCCGAGAAUUUGUUGACAAUACCACUGCUGGAUCCGAAGAAGCUUUCAUUCGAAACAAAGCGGCUCAAUUACUCACCCUUUUAUUCAUUCAUGUAUACCCUAAUGUUUGGUCCAAUUUCUUCAAGGACAUGAUCGCAGUCGCCAAAACACCCUCUGGUACGCCUAGUCAUGAGAAAGCUGCUGAUUUCUUUUUGAGACUCUGUAUCAGCAUUGACGAAGAAAUUGCUCGUUUGGACAUUCCUCGUACUCGCGAGGAAGUUAUUCGUAACACUCAUAUCAAGGAUACCAUGCGUCUAGGUGAUAUUCAAUUACUUGCCGCAUUCUGGUUUGAUCUUUUGCAGGAAUUCAGAUCAGCCAAUCCCAGCAUUGCACAAUUAGCCUUAAAAAACAUUGGAUCAUAUAUUGCAUGGAUGGAUAUUGGAUUAGUUGUAAAUGAUCAAGUCAUGAAUGUCUUAUAUGAACUGUUAGCAGAUUCAAACUUGCGUAUUUCUGCUUGUGAAUGUUUAGCUGAUGUUAUUAGUAAAGGCAUGUUGCCUUUGGACAAAUUGAAUAUGCUUCAAAUGUUGAAUAUAACCGAUAUGUUGGGCAGACUUGACUUGUCUGAACCCGAAUUUGCGGAAUAUGUUGCUCGUUUGAUCAAUGCUUUAGGUACUGAACUCUGCAAGAUUUAUGCAGAGACCUCUCUCCCAGCUGAAGGAAAGGCUCAAGCUUGGUCUAUGAUUGAACAAGUUACACCUUAUUUACUCAAGUUCUUAGCCAAUGAAUACGAUGAUACUUCUUCUGCUGUAUUUCCCUUUGUUAAUGACAUGUUGUAUCUUUACAAAAGACAAAAGAAGCAAAUGCAACCCUUUUCUCAAGGUCAACAUGAAUUCUUGGGUUCUUUGUUGAACGUUGUGAUUGUAAAACUGAGAUAUGAUGAUGAAACUGAAUGGGAUGCUGACGAAGAUGAACCAGAAGAAGAAGCUCUUUUCUUUGAAAUGAGAAAGAACUUGCGUAUUUUUGCUGAGCAUAUUGCCAUGAUCAAUGAAGAACUAUAUGUCGGCUACAUUCAUUCAUUUGUCAUGGACAUAAUCAAUAAAUAUAAGGCAGGAACACAGCUGAAUUGGCGUGACAUUGAGUUGUGUCUUUAUGUGCUUUAUUGUUACGGUGAAGCACUUUCAAAGGCUUCUAUGAUCUUUGUCACUCCCAAUAAUGAAUUGUCUCCCUUGGGUGAAUUGGUUUCUGAAAUGGUUUCUUCCAACAUUUCUGCUUAUCCUCAUCCUUCAUGUGCCAUGCAAUACUUUGAAAAUCUUAACCGCUACUAUCAAUUCUUUGACCAUCGUCCUGAUCACUUGCUCCAAGCGUUAGCAGCAUUUGUAGACACCCGUGGUUUGCACCAUACAGUGAAGCAAAUCCGUACUCGUUGCUGGUACCUUUUCCAACGAUUUGUCAAGAACUUGAAGCCUAAAAUGGGACCCUAUGUUGAAAACAUUUUAACUUCUAUUGGUGACUUAUUAGCUAUUCAAGCUGAACCUGUUGUUGAGCAAAACACGAUGGAAGGCAUGCCUAUUCCUGCUGCUUCUACAUUUGACAGUCAAUUGUAUUUGUUUGAAACAGUUGGUCUGUUGAUUUCAAUGGACACUAUCGAUCCUUUGAAGCAAACUGAGUAUCUCAAAAUUGUGUUGGAGCCUUUGGUUGACGGUAUUCAAAAAUCUAUGUCUCAACCAUUCAAUCCUGAAGAUGAAUUGUUUUUGCUUCAAGUUCAUCAUUAUAUUAUGGCUAUUGGUAGUGUUGCUAAAGGUUUCCCUACUUUGGAAAAGCCUGCAGACGGCACACAACAGCCACAAGCUAUUGUAUUUGUUCAAGCAACUGAGAUCAUUUUAAGUGCUCUACAGACAUACAAGCAAAUGUCCGUUAUUCGCGAUGCUGUACGAUAUACCUUUGCACGUCUCAUCACUUGCUUGGGCACAGAGAUUGUAGCUUACCUACCCAGCCUUAUCAAUGGUCUUUUGACAGAAUGUCAAGUGACAGAACUGGUUGACUUUUUACCUUUCAUUGGCCUAGUUGCGCACAAAUACAAGCCUAUGAUUGAGUCUAUCAUCGAUGAACUGUUAUUACCCUUGGUGAGACGCGCCUUUGACUUCUUGAAUACAACACCUUCUGGUACUGAUGAAGCACUCUUACUGCUGGAAUUACGUAAAGCUUAUUUGAACUUCCUUUUGAGCUUGUUCAAUGCCAAUCUAGAAAAGGUGUUUGUUAGUGAGCGUAAUCUGGAAUACCUCAAUACGAUUUUACAAACACUUUUGCAUUUUGCAAAGGACAAUUCAGACCCUACAACACAAAAGAUGUCAUUCGGUGUGUUCUUAAAGAUGGUAAAUUCUUGGGCUAGCGGGUCAGAUACCAAUACAAGUGUAACAGGGUUCGAUCAGUUUGUAUAUAGCGAACUUUUGCCUAUUACCUUUUCCGUACCUAUGAGCUCGGCUUUCAACUUGGCUGACGGCCAAUCUAUCUUGGUAUUUGGUGAAAUGACGAGUAUUCAAAAAGGCAUGUGUACAAAGCAAGGCAAUGAUUUUAUAGAAUAUAUGAAGACUGUGUUUUUCCCCUCAAUCCAAUGUCCUCCAGAAACAGCUGAAAGAUAUUGUCAGGCAAUUCAACAAUACGAAGGUAGACAGUUCAAAAAAUACUUCCAGGUAUGUCAUUUGUAUCAUAUCUAA